AGAAAAAAAAAAAGAGAUACUCAGUUUUUGACCUCUCCACACUCCACAGCAACAUCUCGCCGUCACACCUUACCGCCGUCUGUGUUACUGCCAUAUCGCCAACUGCCUUACCGCCGUCUGUGUUACUGCCAUAUCGCCAACUGCCUUACCGCCGUCUGUCCGUCUGGCGUUUGUGUUACCUUCUCACCUUCUCCACCGGGAGACUAGCGGCAGCAAAACUCAUUCCUCCAUUGCCAUUAACAAUGGGUUUCUUCGACCUGAACAUACCCUACCCAGAAUCCAGCACAAAAUCUGAAAAAUCAACAAUCGAAAACAACCGAAUAAAACUAGCCGUCAAAGCAAUGGAAUUAGGUUACACAGGAAUCGCAUAUAACCGCACGAUGAAAGGCAUUAUGUCCGAUAACAACCGUUGUUCAAUCUCCCCUCUAUCACUCUCAUCUCUCCUCAAUGUCGUUCCGUUUCUUUCUUCAUCGGCCAAACUCCACCGUGAGCUUCUCGGUGUUCCUUCUUCAACUCCGUUUCGUCAGUACACGCGGCUCACUGUUUGUGUUGAGAAUCAUUUGCAGGCUAAUGCUCUUAAUGCUGGAAACCCUAUUUUGAAGACUUAUGAUUUGGUUGCUGUUAAACCUUUCAAUCAGACUGUGUUUGAUAUUGCUUGUGAGAGAAUGGCGGUAGAUAUCAUUUCGAUUGAUUUUUCAGCUAAGUUGCCAUUUAGGUUGAAGCAGGCUAUGGUUAAAAUGGCUAUUCAGCGUGGCGUUGUUUUUGAAGUCUCAUACUCUGGUCUUAUUUCUAAUGUCCAAUUAAGGAGACAGUUAAUUUCCAAUGCUAAGCUGUUGAUCGACUGGACUCGUGGACGAGACAUUGUAUUUUCAAGUGCUGCUCCUUCGGUGAAUGAACUUAGAGGGCCUUGUGAUGUUUCAAAUUUGUUGUUAUUAUUCGGGCUCUCAAAAGAGGAAGCUAAAGCAGCUAUUUCCAAAAACUGUAGGGUUCUUUUAUCCAAUGCUCUACGGAGAAAGCAAUUUCACAAAGAGGCAAUAAGAGUAGAAGUUUUAUCAUCGAAUGUAGCAUCUCAUUCCAAGCAAGCCCGGCAUCAGGAGUUACUAAAGUGGGACCCUCUUUCUAGCGGUAAAGGUGAUAUCUUAUUGGAUGACAUGGAAAAUUCUGGUCCAACCUCCUGUAAAGCAUCAAAGACUAUAAAAGCCAUUGACUUUGAUUCAGUACUAGAUAGCCUUCCAUCUCAAGGUUGUCAACUCAAGGAUUUCUUACCUGCAAAUGAUGCUUUCUCUAUCUUCUCCACUAAUAAGGUAAACUUCGUGUCUGUUGCCAAAAAUGUAAAUCAGUCAACACCUGUACCUAACACCUUAACUGAGCAGCCCAAUAGGCCUGAUAUUUGUCCUGAGCAAGAUGGAAGGUCAUCUUUGGAGGGUAUAACAAAACCUCAUAUUGUGAGAUGUGACAAUUUUUUUGAGAAAGUUAUAAACAGUGGAACUACUGAAGGUUUUCAUUCUAACGAGAUAGAGACAAAUGACACAAAGUUGGAACUAGAAAAUUCUAUUGACUCAGAUGUCCAGAUGGAUGAUAUGAAAAAACCAUUAACAGCCUUUUGUAAAGCAUCAGAUAUUGCACAAGCCACAGUCGACAGCUAUAAUAAUGGAAAUUUACUUCCUGUUGCUGAAAGUGUAAAUCAGUCAAAACCUAUAUCUAACAACUCAACUGAGCAGCCCGACAGGCUCAACCUUUCUCCCGAGCAAAAGGAAAGGUUAUCUGAUACUGUCACAACACAUCACAAUGUGAGCUGUGACAAUGUUUUUGAGGAAAAUAUACAUAUCGGAACUAUUGAAUCUUUCAAUUCUAACGCGGAGAUUGCCACUCAGACAAAUGGUACAGAGUUAGGACUUCAAAAUUUUAUUGAAUCAGAUGUUGAUUGCAUCCCAUUCGAAGCAAAGACACUUGAUUCACAUCCAGGCUUGUGCAACUCAAGUAAUAAUAUAUUGGAUACUGUAAAAGCACAUGGGAAUGAGAAACUGCUAAAAUCUUUAGAUGAUCCUCACAACAUUGAUGAAAAAGUAGAAAUUUUUACACCAUCCAUAGGCAUCAGUUUUCCAGCUCCAGUACACCAAAACCACAAAGAGAAGAACACUGGUGUCACUUUAAAUGCACAUUUGUCAACGAUGCAUGAAAAUUUGCCAAAGGAAGAUUUAAAAAUUGCAGAGCAUACAGUUAUGGAUAUGAACACAUCUACUUCUGAAACAUCAGUGGAAGAUGGACAAUUUAACAAACGGGAAACUGAUGCAGUUGAAGUAGAUGAAAUGCCACACCAAACACCUUUUGAUGAAAUGAAAACGGACGAUGAUUCCACAGUUGCAAUACAUUCAUCGCCAGAAGUUAUUAUGGUAGAUAAAAAGUUUGGUGAAGUGAGUACUGAUUCGGAUCAAUUAGCCUCUACUCAGUCUGUCUCAGGUCGAUUGCGAGUGAAACGAAGGACACCUCCACUUUUUUUUCCUCCCUUGAAGCGAUUGUUGAAUAUGGUUCCUUUUAAGAAGAAGGGUAAAAAAGUUAAGAGGAAUCCAAAGUAAGUAGUUUUUAUUUUUCCGGAUGAUUAUGGUUACUUGCGUAGUCGUGAGCUUAUUCUCUAUCACGUCUAUAGAUUUUUUUUAUAUGGGUUUUUUCAAUUUUCAACCCUUGAAACUUGAUGAAUAGAGAUUAGUUUAUUUAGUCCAAAAUUAGUGAAAUACACACAAACACUGUGACUAUAGUUAUCUAUCUUGGAUGGUGGCAGCAGAAUAUGGAUAAUGGGAUAAAUGCUACAUCAAAUAUUUA